CAGUCGUAGCUCCAUUUCAAAAUUUGUGUGUGGGAGUGGGUGUUUGAAACCCUAAGAUGGAAAUCACGGAAGAGCAACGGAAGCGAGCGGAGGCGAACCGCCUAGCGGCGCUGGCGAAGCGCAAGGUCCUUCUAGAAUCCUCCUCCGAGCAACAACAGCAAAAGCGGCUGCCACAAGACCCCUGGGAGCUCUUUAAGUGCCGAAAGCUCUCCGGCGAAAAACGACCCCCUGCCGACCCGGUUCCCAUGCCUGAGAAGUUCAGGGUCAGGCUCGAAAUCUGCUCGCCGGACUCGUUCUUCGCCGCGCCCGAGGCUGUCCAGGGAUUUAUGUGUCCGGGAGACGAGGAGUGCUUGCGAAGACUGAGCGAUUGUUUGUCCGCUGUCAUGCCAUCACACUACACUCAAAAUCAUGGUGGUGGGAAGGCGUGUGUUUAUAAGCUGAGGGAUUACAAUUCUGUUUUGAGAUGUUUAAAGAGCUGGAAAAGCAUUGAGGUGGAAGAGAUACCAUGGGGGACGUUUAAUGUUGUCGAGAGGCUUUCUCAUUCAUUUAUUUCAGGGCGGUGGAUACCGUGCAGGCCAGAACACCUGUCUGAUGAGAAGGUUGAUGAGUUGAUUGGGAAGCUACCAAAGACGUUGCUCGACACACUCUUGCCCUUCCAACUUGAAGGUGUGAGAUUUGGCUUGCGAAGGGGUGGUCGGUGCCUUAUUGCAGAUGAAAUGGGCCUGGGAAAGACACUGCAGGCUAUUGCUAUUGCAUCCUGUUUCAUGAAUGAAGGUUCUACAUUAGUUGUAUGCCCAGCUAUUUUGCGCUUUUCAUGGGCAGAAGAAUUAGAACGUUGGCUUCCCUUUUGUUUGCCUGCUGAUAUCCAUCUUGUUUUUGGGCAUCGAGAUAAUCCUACCUCUUUAAAGAGAUGCCCUAGAGUUGUGGUUAUUUCUUAUACAAUGCUUCACCGUUUGCGAAAGAGCAUGCUUGAACAAGAAUGGGCUUUCUUGAUAGUUGAUGAAUCUCACCAUGUACGGUGUUCUAAGAAAGCAUCAGAAUCAGAAGAGAUAAAAGCUGUCCUUGACGUGGCUAUGAAGGUCAAUCACAUAGUUCUAUUAUCUGGGACACCUUCUUUGUCUAGGCCAUAUGACAUUUUUCAUCAGAUAAAUAUGUUAUGGCCUGGUCUACUGGGCAAGACCAAAUAUGAGUUUGCAAAAACUUACUGUGCCGUCAAAGUUGUCCAGGGUUCUCAAGGAAAGUUUUAUCAGGAUUUCUCAAGGGGAAUUCGCUUGGAGGAGUUGAAUGUUUUGCUUAAGCAAACCGUUAUGAUAAGACGUUUGAAGGAGCAUUUACUAGUGCAGUUACCACCUAAGCGUCGGCAAAUUGUAAGAUUAUUGAUGAAGAGAUCAGAUAUAGUUUCGGCCAAGGCUGCUAUUCGGGUGGUGAACAGUGAUGCUUCCGAAAAAAGUGUUGCCGAAGACAUUACUUCAGAAAAUUUAGAUGACUCUGAUGUUAGUGGUGAUCGUUGCAGUCCAGGGAAGCUCUCCUACCAAGAACUAGGUGUUGCAAAGCUCUCUGGUUUUUGUGAAUGGCUUUCCAUUCAUCCACUUGUUGCACAGUCAGAUGAUACAGAAGAUUUGGAUUUGCACUGUAGUUCUCAUAAGAUGAUAAUUUUUGCACAUCAUCUUAAGGUCCUUGAUGGAAUACAGGAAUUUGUAUGUGAGAAAGGGAUUGGUUUUGUCCGCAUUGAUGGAAAUACACUUGCCAGAGAUAGGCAGUCUGCUGUACUGUCCUUCCGAUCUUCAAAUGAGGUUAAGAUUGCAAUAAUUGGUAUAACUGCUGGAGGCGUUGGACUUGAUUUUUCGUCAGCACAAAAUGUUGUGUUCUUGGAGUUGCCUCAAUCCCCAUCGUUGAUGCUUCAGGCCGAGGAUAGAGCUCACAGGCGAGGGCAAACUAGUGCAGUCAACGUAUACAUUUUUUGUGCGAAGGAUACCAUGGAUGACUUACAUUGGCAAAAGUUAAACAGGAGUUUAUGCCGUGUUUCCUCUACAAUGGAUGGAAAAUAUGAUUCCAUACAAGAGAUACCGGUUGAAGGUGUCUCUUAUUUGGAAACAUCUGGUAAAAGUGAUAGAAGUUAUGGAGAUCAGAUUUUUGGGGAAGCAGGAUGUGGUAAACUCUCUUCAGAGAGGAUGAAAGUGCCAGACUCUGGCUUAGCUAUGAAUUUGCAGCCAUUUGAAGCAUAUGGUGAAGUAGCUGAAAAAGUAAAUGAUAGAUUAGAAGAACCUUGUAGCUCUGGUGGUGGCAGUCCAACCCAAAGAGAUGAUCUUGAUAUUAAUGCUCAUAUGGUUUCUGGUGUGGCUAUAGUCGAGGUUCCUGUUUCAGACGGAACAUUGGAAGUAAAUUAUUCUGAGGCUGAAACUGGAAUUGCUGGCAAAGUUUCUCCUUGUAAGACGAAUGAGGGCAGUGAAGAUAACCAUAGACUGGAAAAGGAACUCAAAUUCUAUCCUCCAUCAACAGUAGAUGAUGUUGGACCUGCUCAGCCAAUUGAAUCUGAUGAAAGUUGCUUUGACCAAGUAGGUUACUUGCGAUUUGAGGUGAGCCAAUAUACUGAUAGGAUCCACUUGUAUUCUUGCAUUCCUGGGAAAGAUUUGAGACCAAGGCCACUUUUUGAGAAUUUCCGGCCUGAGGAACUUGAGCCACUAAUUUCUCCUGCUGCUGAGGAUAACAAAGGAUCAUCUUUCACAUCUUUGAAGGAUAACCCAGCUUAUAGGCAUGCUCUUGUGGCAUUUGUCAGUGAGUGGAAUAGAUUAAGGCCCAUUGACCGAAGAAAGUUACUUGGGAAAUCUUUGCAACUUCCAUUGACUCUUGAGUUGUGCUACUUGAGCGAAAGCAUUAACCACAACAAUGGGGGACUGCUGAAGGGUAGAAGUAAGAGACGCUCGACACCUUUAUAUGAGAUUAGUAAGCCUUUACCAUCAAAUGCUGUGUGGAAAACGAUUAAUUUGUGUAGUGGAUUUGGAAAGAAGGAGAAAGAAUACAGUCAGGGUUGGACCCUGACAGAUGAACCUCUCUGUAAACUCUGUCAGGCACCGUGCAAGGGCAACAAUGCCAAGACACCAGAAUUUUUUGAGGAUCUUUUCUGUAAUCUAGACUGCUUCCAAGAAUUUCGUUUAAGAACUAGCAACAGAUCCCUCCGUCAGGAACUUUUUCAAUUAGAACAUGGGGUCUGUGCAAUCUGCCAAUUAGACUGUCAUAAGCUUGUGAACCACAUAAGACCUUUAUCAUUAUCAAGACGACAAGCGUACAUAGAGAGGGUUGCACCAAAUGUGGCUAGACGAAAGAACCUGCUAAAUAAGCUUGUUAAUGAUCCAACAGAGGGCAAUGCAUGGCAUGCAGAUCACAUUGUUCCGGUCUACCGAGGUGGAGGUGAAUGCAGGCUAGAGAACAUGAGGACUCUGUGUGUGGCAUGCCAUUCUGAUGUUACAGUAGCACAAGGUGCUGAUCGACGCUCAACAAGGGCCAAAGCUAGGAAACAACUCAAAGUUAUUAUGAAUGACCUCAAAAAAUAUCAGAAGACCAAAGAGACGAACACUAAUAUUGAGGACCAAGGGCAUCCAGAGAAACAGGAAAACAUAAUUGAGGACGAGCUUUUAGUCAAGGUUCCUGGGAGUGCCUAUUCUGGAGGAGAAGGCACUUGUACCGGAAAUGAAGUCUUGGAAGAGUCGAAAGAAGAGAAUCCCUACCAUGUAGCACCUGCAAGCAGUAGCUAAUUUGAACAUGCUCAACUCAUCCCAGAUGUCUCUUGUAUAAUUGUAGAACUAAAUAUUUGAGAAGAAGUAUUUUGGUGAUUCCUGUGUCUUCUCUGGAGGAUGGGUGCUGGAAGUGAGAUUUAGAAGAGUCUCCAAAGGAAGGUAUGAUCCCUGCAGUGUGAAGAAUCUGCCAGCAGAAUCCAGUUCAUAGACUGUUGUAUAAUUGUAAAAAUGGAUCUAACCAUAACUUUGAGAGAAUUUUUUAUAAAUUUAGUAAAUCAUUGCUGCUUAAGGA